GCACUUCGGAAUCUAGCGGCGGAGAGCUCAGGACGGGAGGCCUGGCAAAUUUUCAUGCAAAUGCUUCACCAAGUCUCAGCUCUUGCAAGGUCAAAUGUUCCUGGAACUUUCCAGCGGCGCUUGUCUUCCUUUCACAUUGUUCCAGGUUAAGUCUCCUCCUCUCCCUUGCGCAGUCUGCAGCUCGUAAGCUCCAACACCAUGGCCUCCACGCAAGGUGACGUGCUGGUGGCAUUGCCGCAGGCGGCAUGCGCGAGCACCCCAGUGAGCGCUGCCAAACAAGAGAAGGAUCUCUUUCAGGCAUUGGCCGGCGUCAAGCAGGAAGCGCCCAGCGCAACACUGACGCAGCGCAAGCAUUGGACCCCAGCGACUGUCAAUGAGAUCUGCUCUGCAGGACCCCAGGACGUUGCAAUGCGGGUGGAUGCUGCCGCCUGGAAGGACGGGGUUCUCCUGCUCCAUGACCUGGGAAUGACGCCCCCCUGGGAGGCGAUCCGCUCGCUGUUCGACUACCUGUCCUGCCAUCCCGACGUGGCUGCAGAGCUCAACUCACUGUACCCAAUGUGCAACAUCCUCAAGGACGCCGCACUUGACGCGAGCCGGGCGGACGCUGACGUCAUCGACCAGAAGGUGGCCUUUGACCUGAAUGCGCAGCGCCUGGCGGCGCUGCUGCGUGCGCCUCACCUGGUCGAGAAGCUUGGGGCUCCUCUGCAGUCAGUCCUCUGCUUCUUCCAGGAAAUUGAGCAGAAGGUCGUGCCAAAGCUGAUGGAGGUUACGUCGCUCGUCUCGGGCCACGACUUGGCUGCCUGUCACAACCAGCGCAACUUCAAUUUCAGAGUCGUCGACUAUCCUGAGCACGUUCCCAAGGGGUCAUCCAAGGAGCGCCGGUGCGGAGCGCACAGGGACUUUGGCACAUUCACUAUUGUCUUCCCGGACGGCGAGGGCCUGCAAGUGGAGCGCGAGGGGGGGUACUACAACCUGCCUGGAGACACCCCCCAGCUGUUCUUCGGCUACUGUGGUGCGAUCCUGUCCAAUGACAGGCUCGCUGCGGCAAAGCACAGAGUGAUCGACACGUCCCCGCAGAAGAGUGGUCUGGUCGCCAGGCGCAACUCGCUCGUCUUCUUUGUGGCACCAGAUGAGGACACGCCUCUGAGGCCUGUUGUGAAGGCAGGCGAGGUGGCCAGGUUCAGAAGCGGUGUGACAUCGUCGGAGCUGAAGGAAGCGAUGAAAAGGAAGUGGAAGGCGCGGGAAGGGACGCUUGGCGGUGUAAAAACUCCACAACAUCAGGAACCCCGUCAAGUCAUCCUUUGUGUAACAUAG